AUAAAUUACAAUUUUAAUCAUGAAAUGUUGAUAAAUUUAAAUUGUUAUAAACAUAUAUAUUACAAUGCAUAGAUGUAUUCAAUUCAUUACUUUGUGCAUCAUACUUGUAUUUCAAACUUGUGUUUUAUCGAAUACAGAAGAUGAAGAAACAACGCUUGAACAAAAAAAUAACUGUACAAGUGGAAAUCAUACGUGCAGCCGGAUUUUAUUUCGUUAUUGUUGUGACGGUUUAGUUUGUAAUGGGUUCUUUAGUGGAACAUGUGUUAAAUGCCUCGGGGCAAAAACAUUUUGUAUACGGCACUCAGAGUGUUGUAGUAAAUACUGUUGGUUUUUUCACUGUCAACCGACAACUGAGAAUGUGACUGUGACUGAAGCUAAUAAUACCGAAAGCAUUGGCCAUGUGAAUAUCACCGAAGGCAUUAGCAAUGUGACUUCGACCGAUUCUUCAGAAAACAAUGAGACUGCAACUCAAUAAAGUGUGCUGUUACCUAGAACCAAUAAAAAAACCAUUUACAAUAUCAUUGCAUUUUUAUAGUGAUGCAUUGAAAAUUAAGAUUAUUUGAACAUUUUGUAAAGCCUACAAUUUCCACACGUGAAAAAAAUAUCAGUCCUGAUAAAGUAAGCUUGUUAAUCUUAUUAAAAUAUCCAAUAUUACAAAUAAUAUCUUACUUUUUUCUUGACUGUAUUGACUAUGAGUAAAUUUCGACUUUUUGAGCAGAUGUGUAUUGUCUAGUUUCUGCAUGUGAUGACAAUAAAGUGCUGUCUAGAUGAUUAUCCUAUUAAACUUGAAAUUUAAACUACAUUCUGUUAUGUAAUUCAGUAGCCUGAUUUACAAUUGUAGACCAUGAAAAAUAGCUGUGAAAAUCUUAGUACGCUAUCAUGCAUAAAUAAACUCGAUUUGUGUGCUUGUCAACCUCGUAUUUUCUGGUUGCUUGUAGAAUACACUUUCUACGUCUU